AUGUAUCUUGUACAUACUCAGACUGUGGGGUGGAUUCGGCUGGGGAUCGACUUCCUGUUGACCGUACUCCUGCUUGUCCUCGGUAUCCCUGGCAACGUGCUCAGCGCCAUUGUCUUCUACCGACAGGGCCUAAGGGAGAGAAUCAACCUCUGUCUCUUCUCUCUCGCCCUGGCGGACCUGGUGGUGGCCCUGUAUUAUUUUCUCUUGACAACUGAGGAGGAGAUCAGGCAACUGGUCCUUCCUGAUUCCUGGUUCGUCUUGACCAACUUCGUCAUUUUAAUCGGGUUCCUGUGGGCCUCGCAGUUCCUGUCGGCUGUGAUCGCCAGUGAGCGGUGUUUCUGUGUCGUCAGUCCCUUCCACGCCAAGAGGCUGCUCAAGACGUCCACCAUGGCCGCCAUCAUAGUCGUCUGCUCCUUUUUACUCAUCGGAGGGUUUUGUGCCGUUGUGGGUGGAAGAUUCACCACUGCCACAUCUUAUGACACCAUCACCAACACAACGAAAACAUUUUUCUACGUCACACAGUAUUAUCUGGACAAUCGAACAGUGAUCGACAUCUUUGACAUCUUUGUGUACGCCACCUUCCUGCCGACAACCUUUCUCGUUAUUAUUGUCGUCACAACAAUCAUCACCGACAUGAAACUUCGCUCAGCCUUAGCUUGGCGACGCUCCUUGACGACGGUAGAAGGUGGGAGGCAGGACGCCGCCACCUCCAAGGCCCGGAUGGUGUCCAAGGAGGCGGCGCUGACCCGGAUGUUGAUCGCGUCAUCGCUUCUCUUCAUCGUGUGCGCCAUCCCGUGCUGCGCCGGACAGGUCGCCUACUUUGCUGUGCCGGACCUCAGCCUCACCGGCAAGUACUACACCUUCUACCAGCUCACCUGGGCUUUGAUUGGCAUGUUUAGGACCAUCAACUCCUCAUUCAACUUCCUCAUCUACUGCAUCAUGAGUUCAAAGUUCAGAGAGAGCUUGGCUAGUUUAAUGUGGUGUUGGUAUACCCCAAAAGAUAUGAACUUUAACAAAACUUUAACAAAAACUCGGAAUAAAAAUGCAGUUUGCACGCUACAUUAAUAAUAAUAAUA